UCCUCGAGAGCGUGUGUAGGUCACCCUGAUUCGCGAUAUCAUCCCUUGACAUCCGUUUCGGCCCUUCUGUCCGGCUGUAACAACCCCGAGAAAACCACCACCGAUCUUCCUUCUACUCCCGUUUAUCGUGUGUACACGUAAAUGCAGAGGGGGGUUGGAGAAGCACGUCUGCGCGAUGCGCGUCGAGAGAGGAACGAAGCCUCUUUCACGGCCGGUCCGACGUGCUUUUCCACCCUCGACGACAGUCCUGCCGCACCACCGAAACGUGCAACACAAUCAGUACAUUUUUGUGGUCCAUACUGAACUUUCCAGUCGGUGGUUAGGAGGUCGAAUCCUGCUGCAACCAUUAUUUCUUCUAAUUAAACAGCUGAAUCAACAACUUUCUUUAAGCAUGACAGCGAUCUGUUUCGUGUGUAAUCUACCGAUCCUGAGCCACCAGGUCGGCCUGGUGUGGCAAGGUGGAAAUGGAUGGGACGAUCUUAUGCGGGAACAGGUCGAGGAAUCCACCUUGAAACAACGUCUUGGAACCGGAAGACGCGAUUCGGCGACACAGAUCACUUCCAUAUCCCCGCCAAACGAGCCGCAAGAACCUGCGACCAAUCAACGUCGAAAUAAGCUGUAUCGUCGUGAAACAUUGGGAGAUAUAGCGAAAUCUUUUCCGUGGUCCAGACAAACGACCACGGAUGCGAGCCAUCUUGAGAGAUUGCGCAAGAGAAGGGAGAGCUCGGUGGACAGUGGGAUCAGAAGCCAGUCGUCCACGAAAUCGAGAAAAGAUUCAACGAUCACCGAGCUGAAAAAUGAUUUUGCCAGAUUAUGGGGAAAGAAGGAGACGCCUCAGCCGCAACCACCCCCUACGGUUAUUUCGCCCACCUAUAGAGGCUUCAGAGAGACCGAUUCGAGAGGAUCUCGACGCGGAUCAGGGGAGAGUGGAAGGGCGAAAAAUCAAGGGGAACGGAAGCAUAAUUGCCGUCACCACAGGCGCAGGCAAUCGCAGCAAUCGCAGCAAUCAAUGGACAGUGGUAGCGGCGUGAUGCCCAUGAAAUAUUACAGAAGCGAUCAAAGACCGAGCGCUUCGAGCACGGAUAGCGCGGCCAGCAAUGCUGUCAGAGAGCAUUUGGAAGCGCGUAAUUCCAUGGACAAAGGCGAACGAUCGAGUAGCAUCGAGGGUAAAACAUCCGUUACAACAAGUAGCGAAUCAAAAACGUCCACCACGACUACCACCACAACUGUGUCGUCGACGACUACCGCGGUGACCACGUCGACCACAGUGACGAUGGACGUCGUCGACAGUAAAAAUUUAACCCUCGAGUCGUCCAUCACUACCCCUACCAUCGUGAUGUCAUCAGUGACGCCACCAAGCGUCUCUCCAACGGUGGGUAGCAGCCUUCCUCUUCCAGGAACCUCGACUUCCGGUAGCUCCAGUCCCGUUGGCUCGCCAAACGUCAACACACCGACCCACCCAUUGAUUAGCACUAGAAGAGACUCGACUACUCAGUGUUAUCAGAAGGGAAAGGAAGUAUCACCGAACAAGUUGUCGAGAUUGAUACGACAAUCGGCAGCCAUAGAUGAGUCGAUGCCACCAGCACGGCGACGAGGAAGUCAGCCGACGUUGUCACCGGAUACUGACGAAGGAGGACGAAGAGCUCGAAAAGAUUCGUUGAGCCCCGAUUCCGCUUCAUACCCGCGGCGCCGUGAUUCGAAGAGCCAUCUGAGUCCAGAAAGAGCAGUCGAUAAAAGAGACAUCAGUCCUAUCAGGGAGAGAUCUCAGCUGACGCGACAGUCAAUGUCGAUGGCAGGACGGUCGCCACCAAGAUCACCGGAUAGUUCUUCUUGUUCGUCAAGGGAUCCAAGUCCAUGUGCUCGUGCUCCAGGGACUAUACCUCAUGCUCCUAUAGGAAGAAGACAAUCGACCACGGACGAGAUAUUUAUUGCUCGUGGAUUUAGACGACAGAGCACCACGGAAGAAACAAUAAGAUGUCGAAAUUUUCGAAGACAAAGUUCUCAAAGUGAAAAACUGGUUCAGAGAUAUCAAGGACGAAGAGACAGUUCCACACAAAUCACCGAUGGAACAUUCGCUACCAUGUCUGUCGAGAUAUCGAACACGUUUUUCGAUAGCAGCACUCAGACUGAACCAUCACCACUGUACGACAACAAUCACUAUCAUGAGGAAUGUUUAAAAUGUAACAGCUGCGGCUUGAAUCUCACAGGACCCAAUCAGAAACGGGCUAGACGGUUCAAGAACCAAAUACUUUGCGAUCUUCACUUCGCUGACGUGGCGCUGAUGGAGUGCUCGGACUUCAUGCAGCAGUUGCGCAGCUUCAAACCACAAAGUUUAGGCUGCGCAGUUGCCCGAAGGAAGUCAUCGACCACCUUAAUCUUCCCCUUACCACCGCAAGCUUGUUCAGAUGAAUUCUGCAACGAGUUCCCUCACAACCUGAUACCUACACCUGGCUACUGGAUCGAGUGCUCCAGACAGCAGAUCACCUCUGACACGAUCUGGGAUGAGAGCGAGAGCGGAGAGGCGACCGACACAGAAUUGGCCGAGGUCCAGCAAGAGUCUGACACCGACGAAGUGCCCAGAAAGAAGACCACCAUCGAGGAGCAAUGGGAGAAGAACCAAGGAUUCGAGUUGACCUCGGUCGAACAAGAAACAUACGAGAAAUAUUUCUAUGGAACUGAGCAUUGGAAUUAUUUCACCAACGACGACGACCUUGGCCCCGUGAUACUUAGCAUCAAGCAGGAAACGUUGAAUAGUCGGGAUCAGUUCAGAAUUCUCGUCAGGGCUAUCAGUUACACUGUGCACGGACUGAUUCCCGCGAGUUGUGUAUUUGCUGACAGGUACAAUCGAGAGGAAGUGGUGCGUAGUUUAGGCAAAGAGGUGAACGUGAAUCCACCGUUAACGUUGGGCCAAUUACCUGACACCCAGGACGAGCUUCUGAAGCUGGAUCAGGUGUUCAUAAAAUCGGAACUGAAAGUCGGGGUUCUUUACGUUCAAGAGAAUCAAUGCACGGAAGAAGAGAUAUUGGAUAACCACGAGAAUUCACCAUUGUUCGACGAGUUCCUGCAGAUUCUCGGCGAUAAAAUUCGUCUGAAGGGUUUCGACAAGUACAAGGGUGGAUUGGAUACGAUUCACGAUCUGACCGGAUUGUACUCGGUCUACACCAAUUGGCGAGGGAUCGAGAUCAUGUACCACGUGUCCACCUUUCUCCCCAAUGAGAAACACGACGUACAGAGGGUGCAAAAGAAACGACACAUAGGAAACGAUAUAGUGUGCGUCGUGUUCUUGGAGGCUGACAAGACGUCGUUUAAUCCAGCUUGUAUGAAAUCGCAUUUCCUCUACACGUUUAUUCUGGUUCGAGUCAGUCCACGGAUAAAAAGGAAGGUUACCAGAUACGAAGUAUCCGUCGCUACGAGGGACGAAGUUGGAGCAUACAAACCUUAUCUUUGGGAACAAAAUGUGUUUAAAAAGGGUCCCAUGUUUCGUGAGUGGUUAUUGACAAAGAUUGUCAACGGGGAGAGAGCGAGUUAUUCCGCGCCAAAAUUCGCAAAGAUGCAAGAGAGAACGAGGACUCAAAUGUUGGAAGACAUUGUAGCUAACUUGGCCAAUCACGCAGAAACUGGCCAAAUUCCAAAACCGUACAGGUGAGUAAAAAAAUUUUUGGAUUCCGUCAGGGAUCAAUUCGAGGAUCCAGACCAACUUGCCAAGGACUUCACUAAAGUGUUCUUGAACGAUCAAGAGAAUGCCACGUUAAAUACGAAUCUGUUCGACAUUUCGUUCUUGGUGCAUGGUCCACAGAAGCAGAAAGUUCGAUUCUUCGGCGUUAGAGCGAUUUUGGCGGUCAGAAGCAGAGUCUUCCAAGAAAUGUUAUAUGGAAUUCAAGCUGGUUUUGGAAGUCCACAAGUACCGGUUGCCGAAUUACUUGCUAGGCCAGUGCCCACAUUAUUCAGUCCACAGAAACCAAGAAGUUCAAACUUUCUUCAGGUUCCUGACGUGGAAAGUCCAAGACCUAAAAGCGUGCCCUCGUCACCAAUGAUGAAGCGGGCAUUCUCGAGGCUCGGCACAAUCACUGCUGGCUGGGGAAGGAGCAUCAAGAAACACGGGAGCGGAAACACUUUGCAAUCCGAGGAUCGAAAACGUUGGGCUAGUUCACAGGAUUGCAGCAAUAAAGAGGCGAAGGAAAAGGAGAAAGCUGCACAACAAUUAGCGGUGCCAAGGCUAAGUGUUUGUGCAGAUGCGCAAAAAGUUGACAGAGCGAAAUUGGCACAGACAGAGGUAAAUUUGAUAAACAAUAAUAAACUAAUGUAAAUAUUGGUAAAUCUGUAAC